UCCAGAUCGACAUACAGGCAGACAUGGCUUUCAAGUUCAUCAUCCUUUCGGCCCUCAUUGCCGCUAUGGCCAACGCCGCUAGUCUGCCGGAAUCGUACCAUGGCCACGGCGUACAGUUGUCUGAGCACCACGUCGAGGAAGAUCACUACGACCACCACCCUAAGUACAAGUUCGCCUACGAAGUGCACGACUCGCACACUGGAGACAUCAAAAGUCAGCACGAAGAACGCGACGGGGACACCGUUCACGGCAGCUACUCACUCAUCGACGCUGACGGACACAAACGCAUUGUCCACUACACCGCUGGCAAACACAUUGGGUUCCAUGCCACUGUCCACAGGGAACCGAUCCACCAUCACAUCCCUGUCAAGACUAUCUCGCAUCACGAACCUCUGGCUAUCAACACGCACUACUCGUACCACCAUUAAAAUUUAACUUCAUCUAUACAGUAUAAUUUGAAGUGGUUUCAAUGCCUGCGUGAAUGUGUUAGUUAUUUUUGUAAAUAUUGGAGAUGUUUGUGUUUAGUUCAAAUUUUUAGACAUCUAAGUUUUAUAAAUUGCAUUGAGACUUUUGUUGUACAGUCAAACGUUUGUAACGACAGUAAUAAAUCGAUCCAUUUAUACAAUCA